UGUGCGUGCGUUCUACCUAAGAAAAAAAAAAAAAAAUCAAAGUCUUAACGAUUUGCCUAUCUGCUUAUCUAGAUAAACCCUCACCUAAAAUACCCUACAUUGCUCUUUCUCUCUGUCUCCGCAUAUAUGUUUUCUACUCGAGUGGUUGGCCUAAUUUUAUUAUUUUUAUUUAUUUAAUUUUUUUUAGGAAAAGAGUAUAAUUCCAAUUCUACUUGGUAAUUUGCCAAUCUCCCUCUCUACUGUCCAAGCAUAUUGCUUUCUCAGUUUCCUCCUUGGUUUUCCUCUUUUCAGCUUUUACAGGGUUAUUUCGAUAAUUCAUUUUCUGCUAUAUUCGAUCACACUUCAACAACAGUACUUAUCACCUGUUUGCCUCUGCAAAUUCUUGGUCUUUCAAGAAUUCAUUUUUCAAGAUAUGGGAAAUGAGGAAGAAGCCAUGACCAACGACUCCAUGGAAGCAGAUUCCAGCCACCCAGUUGAUCCUCCAUUUCAAAGGGUUGCGGGUUCACCAGAAAUAACUGAGGAAAUGACAGAGGGUUCUCUACAGAGCCCGCAAGACCUUGUGUUAGAGAUACCAUCAAGAACUCUGGAGGAUAUAAGAGAAGAUUUUGUGUCAAUUCAAAUGCCUGCAACACCGAGUCUUACUCCCAAAAGGGUAAAUUUUUCUCCCAUCCCCAGCCCCAGCUUUAUCAAAAUGAAUGAUUCCCCAGACCCCUUUACAUCAAAAAGUAAAUCAACCAUAAGAAGUCUCCUUCCAAAGUUAAGUUUCAAAUAUCGGAGCACUACAUCGGAUAUUGAGAAUGCUGCUAUAUUAGCACUAGGAGGUUCUUCUGCAGCAAUAGAGAAGAAGCCUUUCCUUUCUAGGACACUGUCUUUCACAAGGUUUUUUACUCCCAGGACGAAGAGAACAUCAUCCUUACCUGUUACCCCUAUUUCUCACUCUAAUCCAGAGUCUACGCAUGGAGGGCAUGCAUACAAUCCAUCAAGUUCUGCUAAAGGAUUUGCCCAAAAACCAAUUCAUCGUUCACAUUCUGUCCCAGAAAUUAACAAAGAGGAAAGCAUAAGGCAGAUGGAUUCUUCAGGUGGCAUAUUUCGUGUGAUUCCAACAACUCCACGAGCUGCUGAGGUGACUGUCACAACAGCAUCAAAUAUGUCUCCUAGGGAUGAUAAUGAAGAAGAAGCUGUUUGUAGAAUCUGCUUGAUUGAACUGGGGGAAGGUGCUGACACUCUCAAGAUGGAAUGCAGCUGCAAAGGUGAACUCGCGCUAGCCCACAAAGAAUGUGCUGUGAAAUGGUUUAGUAUAAAAGGUAACAAAACAUGUGAUGUGUGCAAGCAAGAUGUAAAGAACCUACCAGUUACUCUUUUACGAGUGCAAAAUCCUCGAGGAAAUGGAGCUCGGCCUAUUGAGGUUGCUCAAUACAGGGUGUGGCAGGAUGUUCCAAUUCUUGUCAUUGUCAGCAUGCUUGGUUACUUCUGUUUUCUUGAGCAGCUUUUGGUAGGGAAACUUGGGUCUGGUGCAAUUGCCAUUUCUCUUCCUUUUUCCUGUAUAAUGGGUCUUCUUGCAUCCAUGACAUCUACAACAAUGGUAAGGAGAAGGUAUGUCUGGGUUUACGCCACAACUCAAUUUGCAUUGGUGGUCCUAUCUGCUCAUCUUUACUACUCAUCGCUUCAUAUGCAAGGUGUUCUAUCAGUUCUCCUAGCCACGUUCACUGGGUUCGGCAUUACAAUGUGUGGAAGCUCUGUGAUAGGUGAGAUUUGCAGAUGGAGAACAAGGCGUGCUCAAGCAAAUCAACAGCAUGGUUCUCAGGGUGAGACACAGCCACAUCAGCCUCCUACAGCUGCUCAUCAAACUGUGACAAAUCCUAACCCCCAAGACAUUGACAUAGGAGAUUCAGAAACUACACGCGCCGGCUAAUUUGGUGUGCAUUAUGAUGCAUUGCUGCCAUAGCCAAUGGCAAACAAAUGAAGGGUUUCAGCUGUGUUAUAGGUGCAUGAAAUGUAUAUACGUAUAAGACAUGCAAUCUUCCUUUCUUCUUCUUUGUCGUUUUUAUUUUAUUUUUGUUUUUAUGAAAUGAGUAGUUGGAAGUGAUUUAAAUUCGAAAGAUUUAAUCUAUUUUCUUCAAUUUUCAAUUGA